AAGUCUAUUUAUUAUCUCUGGUGUUUUUCUCUACGGCAAUUGUUUCAAAUACAUACAGCAUUUAUUUGUCUUCCUUAUCAAAUAAAAAUGGUAGGAAGUACUUGCUGUUUCCGUGACUGUGUGGUGACCACAAGCGGAUAUCCUACUAUGCAUUUCUUUCGAUUUCCACUUAAGGAUCAUGUGCGCUUUAGGAGUUGGAUUAGAUAUUGCCAAGCUGAAAAUAUGGAUAACAUGAAUUACACAAGGCAAAAAAAUCGAGCGGUGUGUGCGCGACACUUUCGCGAUGAACUCUUCAUGAACUACAGAAAAGAAAGAUUGGUCAAAUGGGCAGUGCCCACUAUUUUUCGCCUAUCCGCCAACAAAGCUCUGGACUUUGAUUUGGAUUUAGAACAUGGAGUACUGAUCACAAUCCCAGCUCCGGUAGAUGCACAUUUAGUACCACCUCUGGAAUUCAAAUGCCCUUUGGCGUUGGAAAAUGAUGUACAUUUGUUGAAGAAAUUGAAAGAAUUGAAUUUAAAAAUGUCUCAUGAAUCCCUGGUACACAGUGAUAAGGAGGUAAAUGGGUAUAAUACAAGGAUUAAAAUUGAAGAAGGUAUACAUUUUACAACUGGAGAUACAUCCCAAGACUCUUAUAUAUUCCUUAUUAAUCACACUGAUGAGGUAUUCAACUGCAAAAGAGAGAAAGAUGAGCCGGAAUCUGAAUAUGCACAAGUUUUUACUGCCAAUAAGAGAAUAAAAAUAGAAGAUGUUAAUUCAGAAUAUUUAGAUACAUCUUCAAAAGCUUUAAUAUUGAGUUCAAAUCAAACCCAUGAAGCGAUUACAAGGAAAUACCAAACAAGGGAUAAAGAAAAGUUGGUCAUAAGCAGAGCUACAAUAGCAUCACCAUUGAGGGGGCGAGUGACAUCAAAGCCAGAGCUUAGGGAAUGUAACAAAAUUAAUCCCUCAAAAACAUAUUCAACAACAUCAUUAUUGGACAAGAAGACUUGUGCAUCAAACCGUGCUAUUACAAUUACCAAUGCCUUUACUCUAUCAGAGCCAUUACAGCUAUCGACUAAACUAUCCAAUGAAUCAGCACCACAUACCCUAUGUCAAACAAAACUUUCCCAAACUGCGGCUAUGCAAGUAAACUCGUCAGCUUCAAAUUACCUAGACAUAGAGACACCUUCCAGCCUGCAGCAUCAUAAGAAACUGUUAACUGUUAGAAAUGCAAAUGAUUUGAAAGACUUGCCCAUUGUGCCAAAAACAGGGGCUACUUUGAAUGAAAAACAAAUUCUAGAAAGCAGACUUUUACAUUUCCAAAGAAAAUCCAUGCGAAAAGGCAAAGUUAUUAAAAACCUCAUGGUGGAGUUGUUUACCGCUAACCGUGAAAAUAAGUCUUUGAGAAAGAGAUUAAAAUCACUAUCGCCAAAUUUCUUGGAAAACUGCCAACUGCCACAACAGUGUAAAGAAUACGAAGUUGAGGUGCAAAAAACCCACUCUAAAUCGUUGACAAAUGACACUCAAUGCGAAAUUCGUGUUUUACAAACCCGGCUAGAAGUGGCCACACAACAAUUGAAAGAGCUUGCUAAGGAAUUGAGAAGUUCCAAAGAGAAUUGUGAUGCUGUCCAAAAGAAAACCAUGAUAUACCGCGAAAAUGCAGCUCUAGCUGAACAUAAAUUUAAAGUCCUUAAGUCAAAGUACGAUAGUAUUGUAUGUAAAUAUCUGAAUUUAAGCAGAAGUCAUGAGGAUUUAGGAAACCGUGUAGAAGGUAUUGCACUCAAAGACAAGAGAAUUGCUCAAAUUAUGCAAAACAAGUUGAAGGCUCUAAACAGCGACAAUGAUAAAACAACAAAUGCCUUAAUUAGUACAGCUAACACCUGCUCUGAACCUGCCAUUUCUGGCCUAUACCUUAAAACUCAACUUUUGAACAGUAUUACAGGCUAUAUCAACGAUUCUAUGUUGGCCUUGCUUCGCAUGGAAAUGUUUGGUGGCCCCGAAAGAGAGUGGAAACCUGACGAGCGACAAAUAGCUGUCGAUUUGUUAUGCUUAGGAGAAACGGUUUAUAAAUAUUUCACCGAUGUUUGGCGCUUGCGUUUGCCCCGACUACAGGAUGCACGCAUAUGGGCCGAAACGGGAGAUGAAAAACUAGAAGAAGAUGAAGAAUGAGAAACACAUUAUAAGGUUUCAUAUGAAAAAUUAUUGUAUUUGUUACUUUUUAUUGAUCUUUAAAAUGGUACUAAGCUAUAAAUAAGCAAAUUUUUUAUGCGAUAGAACACCAA